GGCCAGGCCGAGGUCUCCGCUGUCCCGGGUACUGGAACGCUCCAAGCUCUGCGAGUCUCACUCCCGCCCUCGAGUCUCUUCCUUGCUGGCCGGCCACACAGUGUGCAGGGCCCAAAGCCUCGCGCCAGGCUGCCGCGGUCAUACUCUGCCCCUGGAGUUUCGCUCCUGACCAGGCAACUGCUGGGGUUGCUGCCGGUUCAGCGCCCCGACCAGGUGGACCCCCCCAGCAGCUUCUAGGGCAAAGGGUUCCUGCUUCGUGAGAGUGGAGCUGCAACCUCACCAGUCAUCCCUCACCCCAGGCUCUGUACUCAGCCCUGCCUGUGUGAGGAACAUGGUGCAGAAAUACCAGUCUCCUGUUCGAGUCUACAAGCACCCCUUUGAGCUGGUCAUGGCAGCCUAUGAAAAGCGCUUCCCCACAUGCCCGCAGAUCCCAGUGUUCCUGGGCAGUGAGGUGCUACAUGAGUCCCGCAGCCCAGACGGGGCCUUGCACGUGGUAGAGCGGAGCUGCAGGCUGCGUGUGGAUGCCCCAAGGCUGCUGCGGAAGGUUGCGGGUGUGGACCACGUGGUCUUCGUGCAGAAAAACAUCCUAAACUGGAGAGAGAGGACACUGCACAUCGAGUCGCACAAUGAGACUUUUGCCAGCCGUGUGGUAGUCAGUGAGAACUGCAGCUACACGGUCCACCCUGAGAAUGAAGACUGGACUUGCUUUGAGCAGUCCGCCUCACUGGACAUCCGAUCCUUCUUUGGCUUUGAAAGUGCCUUGGAGAAGAUUGCCAUGAAGCAGUACACGGCCAAUGUCAAGAGGGGGAAGGAGGUGAUUGAGUAUUACCUGCAUGAGCUUAUCUCCCAGGGCACCUCUCACCUUCCCCGCUGGACACCGGCUCCAGUAUGGGAGGAGGAUGCGCACAGACAGCCACAGGACCACAGUUCGCUGGAGAGCAAGGCGAUCAGUGGUGCCCCAAGUCCCGGUCCAGAGGGUGUCAGUACCGAAGGGGACAAGCUGGAUGCAGACUACAUCGAGAGGUGCCUGGGCCAUCUCACUCCCAUGCAGGAGAGCUGCCUGAUCCAGCUUCGGCACUGGUUGCAGGAGACCCACAAAGGCAAGAUUCCCAAAGACCAGCAUAUUCUCCGGUUUCUGCGAGCACGGGACUUCCACCUGGACAAGGCCCGGGAGAUGCUGUGCCAGUCUCUGAGCUGGCGGAAGCAGCACCAAGUGGACCUCCUCCUUCAGACCUGGAGGCCCCCAGCGCUCCUGGAGGAGUUCUAUGCGGGGGGCUGGCAUUACCAGGACAUAGACGGUCGCCCGCUCUACAUCCUGCGCCUUGGCCAGAUGGACACCAAAGGUCUGAUGAAAGCCGUGGGGGAGGAGGCGCUGCUGCAGCACGUUCUGUCUGUCAACGAGGAAGGUCAGAAGAGAUGCGAAGGGAACACAAGACAGUUUGGCCGUCCCAUCAGCUCCUGGACCUGCUUGCUGGACCUGGAGGGCCUCAGCAUGCGGCACCUAUGGCGACCGGGCGUGAAGGCCCUGCUGCGCAUGAUCGAGGUGGUGGAGGACAACUACCCGGAGACUCUGGGCCGGCUGCUCAUUGUGCGAGCCCCUCGAGUUUUCCCUGUUCUCUGGACGCUGAUCAGCCCCUUCAUCAGUGAGAACACUAGGAAGAAGUUCCUCAUCUACAGUGGCAGUGAUUACCAGGGUCCCGGAGGCCUGGUGGACUACCUGGACCGAGAUGUGAUCCCUGACUUCCUGGGAGGGGACAGUGUGUGUAAUGUCCCUGAAGGAGGUCUGGUCCCCAAGUCCCUUUACCAGACAGAGGAGGAACAGGAGGAGGCUGACCAGCUGCGGCAGUGGAGUGAGACCUAUCACUCAGCCAGCGUGUUCCGUGGGGCUCCCCAUGAGGUUGCAGUGGAGAUUUUGGAGGGGGAGUCAGUUAUUACCUGGGACUUCGACAUCCUUCAGGGAGAUAUGGUGUUCAGCCUGUACCAUGCCAAGCAGAUGCCCAAGUCGAGCCCCCAGGACCCUGGGCCCAGGACCAGUGGGCAGCUGAUUGACAAAGGCUGGGUCCUGGGCACUGAUUACAGCCGUGUGGAGGCACCUCUUGUUUGCCGGGAAGGGGAGAGCAUCCAGGGAUCCCAUGUGACACGGUGGCCUGGAGUCUACUUGCUGCAGUGGCAGGUGCACAGCCCCCUGAGCAGCGUGGCCUGCAGCCUCCUGGGUGUGGAUGAUGUCCUGACAGCCCUGCACAGCCCUGGGCCUAAGUGCAAACUCCUCUACUAUUGUGAGGUGCUGGCCUCUGAAGACUUCAGGGGAUCCAUGUCCAGCCUGGAAUCCUGCACCAGUGGCUUCUCCCAACUCAGUGCUGCCACUUCAUCCUCCUCUUCUAGCCAGUCCCACCGAAGCUCCCUGGUCUCCAGAUAGCUGACCCCAAGCCCUCAGGGCCACAUCUGAAAGUGUCCAGUGUGGGAGGCCAGCAUGCCCAGAGGCCCAGGAGAAUGUGUGGGCUGGAAAGGCCAGUCUAACUGCUGUCAAAGUUGGGGUGUCUGGACCAGAUGGCAAAGGUCUUGCCCUCAGCCUGUGUGAGGCAAAAACUCCAAGUCAGGGUACUGGAUGCUGCCAGGCCAGAACCAUCUCCUUUGGACUUGGUGUUAAGGAAAGGCCCGAGCAUGUGAAUCCCACCUUUAGGUUUCCCUGGACCAGGACUCAGCUGUUCUCACCACUCACUGUGUUCUCUCUGGGUUGGCUUCCUUCUCCUGUGGGCUUUCCCUAUGUAAGGUACCCGUCACUGUAGAAUGCCCUCUCCUCUUCCCUGGUUCAGUGUGGAAGGGAACCUCUCCAAAAAGUUCUAGUCCACCUCUGAGAAUUGCCUCUCAACAGUCUGCUAGGGCCAUAGCUAUUCCAGAACCAAUUAUGGUUGUCAGGGAAUGGAGAAUGUUGGUUGGGCAGCAGAUUCAUGUGUUCAAUUUUUGACAAUCACUGUGAGUCUUAGAGGUGGGCUGCAGUGCAUUGAUUGGUCAACAUGGACCAUGUGCACGUGCCCGGAGCCAAUGAUACAGCCUAAACAGUGUAAGGUGUCCCUCAAGGAGUACUGGGUCUCCAUCUCAAGAGAAACAGGCCAUGCAUGGUGGCCCAGCCCUGUAAUCCUAGCACUAGGAAGGCUGAGGCAGGAGAACUGCUGUGAGUUUGAGGCCAGCCUGAACUGCAUAGCAAGAUCUUGUAUCAAAAAAAAAAAAAAAAAAAAAAAAGGAAAAGAUCAUCUGGCAGGCAGAAAGGGCUGGCGGUCUCCUCAGCAUCCGAUUGCCUAAGGAAGACCUGUGUCCUUGCACAUGCACAGGGGCUGUGAUGGAAGUUAAUAUUGUAGUUUCUGGGAGUGGGGAAAGUGGCUUGCCUUGGACUGGAAAUCCAUUUUCCAGAACUUGGCUCGAAUGGCCUAACCUUGACCACCUUGAUUUGGAGAGGAUGGAGAAGCUGAGGGCUCCUGCCAAGUUCCAGGCAGUGAUGAGAUGACUCAGGCUGUCUCUACACUCCUCUGGAGAUCUCUUUCUCUACUAGGGACCUAUUUAAUUAUGACCUGCUGUGGCUGUAAGCCACAGAAAUUCACCUUUCAGUGGCUUAAACACAAAAGGGUGGCCAUUCAUGGGUGUGUGUAACUGGCUUAACAAGCUCUUAGGUUUUGGGUAAGGCUGGAUCCAGGCUCUCAACAUGGGAUCUGGACUCCCGUUGUGGUGCCCAUGCAGGAACCAAUUCUACUAUUGGUAUGAAUAGGCCCAGAAUCCCUAGGCCAAGGGGCUGGGUUUACAAGUAUAGGCACUGUCACUUUGAUGCAAGCUCAGUAAUGGUAGGACAAGAAGAACAAGGACAGGCUCCCACAUUAACCUCAGUCUCAAGCAGAGGUCAGUGGAAAAGGGGUGUCCUGGGAAGCACCCUCCCCCUCGAUCUGGACCUGUCACAGCCCUACUGGCACUGUUGCGUCUCAGGUACAGGAACAGAACACAUGAUUAUGUACCCUGUGGGAGGGUAUGUGCUCAGUGUGCAUAUAUGGGGUGACAGUGACUGGAGGGAGACAUUCUCAAAGCUACGUGGUCUCAUGUCACUAAGUGUUUACCACUGAGGGCUGUUUACAGUGUUCUCAAUGCUCUUAAAGAAUUUCUAGCUUGUCUGUCAAACCUAAGUGCUACUCUAGAAGUAUUUUGGGAUAAGCUAUCUUGGUGGUGUUUGUACCUUUAUUGCCUAGUGAAUGAGAAGGCUUUCCCUAGGGAGAAGCUAGACCUGUUGAUUAUAGAGAGGAAGGUCUACUGGGCCACAUUCAGCCAGAGGCAUUGGGUAAGCAACCUCAGGUGCCCCACCCAGCGUGCUCCAGCUAAAAUAGUCUUACAACUAAGGGAAUUUCUUGGUCCUGUAUCUGGGAUGACUGGGCAAGGGUCUUGUUUAGGCAUGGCUGGAUCCAGGAGGUCAGUGUCUCCAGGCCUCUCAGCUGCACCCAGAUCUCUCGAUGCUGUGUUCAUUUUCACAUUGGCCUCAUUCUUUCUCCCACUUGGGGAGAAAGGGGGUUGCCAGCAGCCCCAAAUCUGUCUCCACAGGGCUUGUAGUUUCUAAGAUGGAGAAAGGUACUUUCUCAUUGAAGAUAUGGAAGGUUCUGAUGGGCUGUUUGGGCACAUGUGGAGUACUUGACAACAGGGCCAAUGGGCUGGGAUCCUUGAUUGAAAUUCCCUGCAGGAGGGACAGGGAACUGGAAAGACUUCCUUCAUGGACAGGGGGAGCCGGGCUUCACCCCCAACUGAGAGAGGUCCACAGCAGAGUCUGCUUGUUGCUCUGUGGUCAGGUCUCUAAAAUCCACACAAAGAAUUGUCACAGGCUGCUUUGCCUCAGGGACCUUGCAGUGAAAACCAGCAUAGGAGGGGCUGUCAGGCUUCAGUCUUUUAAGUUUCCCCAGACCGAGGACCUGGAAGCAGCCUGGCUGGGUUUCUCUCUCCAUCUCAUUCAUCACUUCAACCUGGCCAGGUCAGAACCAUCGAGAGCACCAUGGUGUUUAGAGUGUUUAGGAGCCCGGGUAUGGGAUUUAGACUGGGGUUCAAAACCCAGCCUUCCUCUUAUAGCUGUGUAACCUCGAAUGACUUAACCUCUUAGUGCCUUAGUCUCCUCAUUUGUAAAAUGGGGAUAGCAGCACCUACCUCACUGGGUUGCAAUGGAACAAAAUGAGAAUGGCUGCAGAGUCUUUAGCACAAUGUCUUACACACAGAAAGCAGUCAAUAAAGGUCUGUGGUAAUUGUGA